AUGGAGGAGAAUCAAGACGCGGAAGGUGGGAGUGCCACCACUAUCAUCAAGCAGGAAGGUCACGCAGAUGACGCAAAGAGUGAAAUGCAAAUUGAAACACACGAAACACAGAAACCAAACGAAGAACCACAAAUGGCAACAGACGAAACACAAAAGCCAAAAGGACAAACUCAAGAUGCGAGCAGUAUCAUGGCGCGUGGGCGUAUAGAGCCUCACGUACGACGGCACAGUCUCAUGAUGUUCCAGACCAACGCUGCAGUGGACGUAUGUCUGGAGGUGGAGCCGCUGAGGGGUGUCUUCUACAACACGGUCACGAAAUAUAUCGAAGAAGAGCCCGUUGAGAAAAACGAAUUCGAACAGGACAUUCAGGACAGGGAUCCGACGCGUUACUUUCCCACCAGCGCCAGAGGGUUCUCGGGGAUGCUGAAGCAGCCGCUGCACGAGACGCCACCAAACCAGCAGAUCGUCUGGAUGAUCGCGAGGUACGAGGCAAUCUGCCAAAGGCUGCAGGAGACCGGGAACAGCCUCGCGCGCAUACGUGCGGGAAACGCCAACAUGACGCGUCAGCAGCUCAUGCAGCUCUUCAUUAACGAGCGAGAAAAACUCUUUGGAAAGGUCGAAUACUUCCCAGUCGGCGAGCCUUACCUGGGGAUGCCGCCAUUCACGCAUUUUUUCAAGCGCGAGGAACUGCUGUACUUCGGCAUAUGCCAGUCGCCGUAUGAUACCGUGUCCGUGGACAAGAUGCGCGACGGCACGGAAAUCGCGCAGGCGAUCAUACUCGACGGAACGCCUUCGCUGAGGGAGGAUAUGGGCACCAGGUUCAUACUGUACUGCAAAUUUGAAAGGGGCGCGAACGAAGUCAGCGACUACACUGACAAGAACCAGCCCAUUUUCCAGUCGUGGAUACACGAGAUACCCAUAAGGGUGGUUCGCGGAUACAACGCAAUAUCACGGUACGCGCCACUCUGGGGGUUCAGAUACGACGGACUCUAUCGCAUCAUCGGAGUGUACUCAGAUAACAACAAGCAGGGGCUCAGGGUUUGGAGCUACGUAUUCAGCGCGUGCAACCCGGACCUCGAGCCCCCGGUCUUUUUGCAGACGGAUGAGGGGUCCGAGUCGGUGACAACAACUGACCCGGACCUCAAGUCGGUCUUCAUCAACCACUUGCACAUACAUGCCAAGUUCCAAAAGUCAAUCAAGAAAAAGAUAUCGGAAGAUCUGAGGCAGGUUGACGUCGUGCUGAAUGGCAAAAAGCUAUUCACUAUCGGUAUACCGCACCUGCUCCGGGCAGGGGGGCGCAACUACAGGCAGGUGCCCCUGGUCGUAAACUUCUCAAUCAUAUACCGCUAUAUCAGGCGACUGUGCAAGGUCGCAAAAGUGGGCCAGCAAUGGCUGGAGGGACCAGUCGCAGAAUACGAAAAGGCGAAGAAGGAGGGAUCCACGAUUUGGUGGGCUCGAGGAGGGUUCCUUCCAAUGAAACUCAUCAUACAAUACUUGGAACCCAGGAGGUCACUGUCGAUGGAGGUCAUCAGGGGGCAGUGCAAGGAAAAAAUAACCUCGAAAAAGGUCAGACUACAGAAGACACUGGUCAUCAAUAGGGAACUGGCUAAAAACAUGGCCAGGCCCUUCUUCCCGCAAUCGGACACCGACUCCAUUUGGACAUACAUUGAACUAACGGAGCCGAUAGACCGUACGUGGAACCCGUACGAGGACAUCAGCGCGGGGUCGGAGGUACACCCUAUCCCAGUUCUCAACGAGGUCGACGACGACGAGCCGCCCAUGGUUUUCACCUACAUACGCAGCAACAUCUACUUCUCCAGGCUGCCGAACCUCAAUUUCGACCCGGUAUGCGCGGGGUGCAUACCGGACACGCUUGACAAGGAGACCUGUCAAAUAGUCACCGUCAAGGGGUUCUGCAAGGGGCUCAUGGACCCCAAGGGCAGACUCUACUGCCAGGGCGUCAACAAGGGCUACCUGUCCACCAUACAGUCACGAGCGGCGUGCUCAGACAACUGCCCCUGCUCAAACGACUGCAGCAACAGGCUCUUGGAGGGCGUGCAGGUGCCGGUGAAGCUCAUCAAGACGCCGAACAUGGGAUGGGCGCUGCACACCAUGGUGCACAUCACCAUAGGCACCUACAUCAUGCAGUACGUCGGCGAGGUGGUCUGCCGCAGCGAGAUGAUGGCCAGGGAGCACCAGUACGACAAGCUCGGAAGGUUCAACUACUGCAUGGAGGCAGUGGAAAUGGAGACGCUGCACGACGACUGGCAAAUGCCGUGCAUGGACUCAAUGGUGCUCGGCAACAUCGCACGCUUCCUCAACCACUCAUGCGACCCCAACGUCGAGGUCAUCACCGUGUGGCGCGGCGACGACUUCCCGUGCAUCGCAGUGUACGCGUUGCGCGACAUCGCAGCGGGAGAGGCGCUGACCUACUGCUACGGCUCGCAGUACAAGAGCAUACCCUGCCUCUGCGACGCGCGCAACUGCAGAGGGUUCAUCGGAAACAUUUGA